AGAUUUUAUUUGACGGCAUAGAAAUAUUAUCUUCCCAUAACUUCCCAGAGGACGAACCCUUUGGAUCGCAUUGAUCAUAUUUAAUUUGGUGGAUUAACCAAAAACAAAUGUCCACAUCUGGUUAUUUUAUCUACAAACUGUUUUCCAGUUAAUAUACCAAUAAAUGUACUAUAAAACAACAUGAAUAGUGUAUAUUCUGCAAUAUAAAUCUGCUCUGUGAUAAAGGAUUUCAUACAUAUCACCCGCUCAGAUGUCUUAGUUAUUCUCCUUGACCGUUUGCUCCUGACUGCUCGUUGUUUUGCUGCAGUUUGUGCUCAACUCAAGUAGACUUUAACAGUAACUUCAGACUGAGUCAACAUUAAUCCCUGACCUCUUCCUCCUCUUUCUCCUCCUCAGUUCCCAGAAUGUGGAUUUUUCGGGAUGUACGACAAGAUCCUGCUGUUUCGCCACGACCUGAACUCGGACAACAUCCUGAAGCGUCUGACCUCAGCGGAGGAGAUCCACGAAGGCGACCUGGUGGAGGUGGUGCUCUCCGCUCUCGCCACAGCAGAGGACUUCCAGAUCCGACCUCACGCGCUGUACGUCCACUCCUACAAGGCGCCGGCCUUCUGCGACGACUGCGGGGAGAUGCUGUGGGGGCUCGUCAGACAAGGCCUCAAGUGUGAGGGAUGUGGACUGAACUACCACAAACGGUGUGCGUUCAAGAUCCCCAACAACUGCAGCGGAGUCAAGAAGAGACGGCUGUCCAACGUCUCUCUGCCGGGCUCCGUCAUGUCGGUCGCUCGUCCUCCGUCCGCCGAGUUCACCCCGACGCCGCAGGAGGAGGUGGGUCUGCUCCUCGCACCGAGUCUUUAACAUCGUGGGUCUGCUCCUCACCGAGUCUUUAACAUCGUGGGUCUGCUCCUCACCGAGUCUUUAAUAUCGUGGGUCUGCUCCUCACACCGAGUCUUUAACAUCGUAGGUCUGCUCCUCGCACCGAGUCUUUAACAUCGUGGGUCUGCUCCUCGCACCGAGUCUUUAACAUCGUGGGUCUGCUCCUCGCACCGAGUCUUUAACAUCGUGGGUCUGCUCCUCACACCGAGUCUUUAACAUCGUGGGUCUGCUCCUCGCA